CCCUUCCCCUCGCCCCUCCCGCCGCCACACCGGAAACAUGGGGAGGAAAAAGAUUCAGAUCCAGAGGAUCACCGACGAGCGCAACAGACAGGUGACGUUCACCAAGCGUAAGUUCGGCCUGAUGAAGAAGGCGUACGAGCUGAGCGUGCUGUGCGACUGCGAGAUCGCCCUCAUCAUCUUCAACCACUCCAACAAGCUGUUCCAGUACGCCAGCACCGACAUGGACAAGGUGCUCCUGAAGUACACCGAGUACAACGAGCCGCACGAGAGCCGGACCAACGCCGACAUCAUCGAGACGUUGCGAAAGAAAGGCUUUAACGGCUGCAACAGCCCCGAGCCCGACGGGGACGACUCCAUCGACCAGAGUCCGCUGAACGAGGAGAAGUACCGCAAGACGGAGGACCUGGACAGCCUCUUCAAGCGCUACGGCUCCACGAUCCCACAGCCCACCUUCUCCAUGCCGGUCACCGUGCCGGUGUCCAAUCAGAACGCGGCGUCCCUUCAGUUCAGUAACAACCAAGGCGGCGCCCUGGUGACCACGACCUCCUUCAUCACCUCCGCCCUCGCAGACCCACGCCUCCUGUCGCCGCAGCAACCGGCUCUGCAGAGGAACGCCGUGUCGCCAGGGUUACCACAGCGACCAGCCAGCGCAGGUGCUCUGUUGGGAGAUCUGGGGAACUCAAACGGAGGUUGCCCGAGUCCAGUCCCCAACGGCUACAUCAGUGCCAGGGCCUCCCCGGGCCUCCUCUCCGUAUCCAACGGCAACGGCCUGGGGAAAGUAGUCCCAGCCAAGUCCCCUCCGCCGCCGCCCAGCCCUCAGAUGGUCAACAGCCGCAAGCCGGACCUGAGGGUCAUCACCUCGCAGAGCGGCAAGAGCCUCAUGCAGCUGACUGCUCAGCGGCUCGGCGGCUCCCAGGCGGCGCAGUCGCUCACCACGCCGGUGGUCUCCGUGGCAACGCCCAGUCUCCUAGCGCCCUUCUCCGGCAUGCAGACGGCCUACAACACCGAGUACCAGCUGACGAGUGCAGAUCUCACGGCGCUCCAGACGUUCACGCCAUCGGGGCUGGUGCCUGGCAACAUGGCUGCCUGGCAACAGCAACCGGCAGUCUCCCAGCAACAACAACAACAACAACAACAACAACAGCAACAGCAACAACAGCAGCAACAGUCACAGCAGAUGAGCUUGGCGUCGCUCAGCAACCUGGUCAUGUGGGGUGCAGAGAAGCAGAGCGCCGAGAUGGUGAACUGCAUCUCCAAUUUCGCCGCUAACCUGAGGCCGAUGGGUCAGAUAUCUCAGGGCGCGGCUCUGACGGUCAACACGAACCCCAACAUCAACAUCAAGUCCGAACCCGUCUCGCCCAACCGCGACCGCAGCACCCCCGGCGCCGUGGGAGGCGGCGGCGGGGGCCAGAUCCAGGUCCAGGUCCAGGGACAGGGACAGGGUCUGGUGUCGGUGGCCUACCCCGGGAACCUGCGCCUGGAGGCGGGCGGUCAGGGCCGCUCGCCGGUCGACAGCCUCAGCAGCAACGGCAGCUCGUACGAGGGCAGCGACCGGGACGACGGCGGCGCCGCCCACGGGCGCGGGGGGGGCGGGGUUCCCGACUUCCUCCACCAGGGCGGCGCCGGGGGGCAGCAGCCCGCCAUGCUCCUCCUGCGGCCCUCGUCGGCCGAGCCCCAGGACCAGGACGGGACCAACGUCAAGAGGAUGAGACUGGACGCCUGGGUCACAUGAGGAGGAGGAGGAGGAGGAGAUGUGUACUUGUGGCUUGUGUACAUGCCCCCACCAGCCCUGAUGCCCCCAGUGUCCUUCUUUGUGCACACACACACACACACACACACACACACACACACACACACAUAUAUAUAAACCCGCCAUCGACCCAAUGCACACACUGCAACGCUGACCUCACACACACACGCAAGCAUGCUAACACACCGUCACGUGUGGACACACUUGUCUCUCACACACACACACACACACACACACACACAACCCCAAAGUGGGUGGAGCCACCAGACCAGGGAUUGUUCUCCAGAACAAGUUGUCCGGCUGUAUUUUGAGUAGAAAAAGUGUGUUUUUAAACCCGUUUUUUUUUUUUACCUUUUUUGUUUUCACCGGUCUUGUUCGACGCGGCCGAACGCACCGCGGUUUUUCCCAGCAUGCACCCUGCUUUUUUUGGCGAGCGUCCUCGCCGUCUGUAACUGCACUGCACAUCGAGUCGCCGGCGCCGCGGGAGUCUUUGCCGUUCUUUGUUCUUCUUUAUCUUCUUCUCUCUUUUUCUUUUUUUCUUUUUUUAAAAGCGUGGAGUUUUUUUGUUGAUGUUUGGAGUUUUUCGGGGGCGAUUCGUCUCAGUUUUGAAUAUGAAGACACUAAAAGAGGAACUCCUCUCGCUCGUCAACGAGACUCACAACCCCCCCUGACCCCCGCCCUCCGACCCCUGACCCCUGACCCCACCCGGGUCCGUUCAUUUAAUCCAAACCAGGCGGACUAGCUGCAAAAACCAGGAGCCGGAUUUUGGCUCCGAUAAAACAAAAAGACUUUUGAAUCAGGGACGAGCUGCAAGUGUCAACUACAGAUGCUCAAGAAAGGUGUGUGUGUGUGUGUGUCUGUGUGUGUGUGUCUGUGUGUGUGUGUGUGUGUGUGUGUGUGUGUGUGUGUGUGUGUGUGUGUGUGUC